AUGCAUUUCUUCUCCAUCCUUGCCGCUGUGGCCCUGGCCUCCACCGUCGCCGCCAAGAGUGAGGUCACCUGCCCUGCACUUACCAAGACUCGAAAGUGCCAUGCCCCCGCCCCCCAGUCGCCGAAGCUUGCGCACCCUAAGACCAAAUCCGGCCCCCUCGGUCACAACGUUCACCAUCAAGGCUCGCACCCCAAGGGCAAGAAGGCUCCUCGUCACCCCGCCCCGGACACGACGAGCGCCAAGAUUCCCGGCGUGAGUAGUUCCCGAGGGUAGCACAGGUCGGGCCAAGUCCGAGUUCCUGCGCUGAGACCCUGUUCCCCUAUCUUUUCCUUUGCGAAAUCGUGCUCCGCAGGUCAAGUCUCCUGUGGUCGAUGUCACCUCCGGCGUUUACGCAAUUGUGAACGUCCAUACCGGUGCUGUGAGUUGUAUCUCCUGUCGUUUCAGCGCUCAGACUCAUUGCCUGGAGAAGGUUCUGACAGCCGCAAAAAAAUCGCCGGUCACUUUGCAGUUCCUCACCAUCAACCUCAUCAACGGUGUCGGUGUCGCUACCCUUACCAACGAAGUCACCCUUGUCACCCUCACUUCUGUCGAGCUCGAAGGCGCUGCUGUUGCUUCAGUCGGUGAGUCAUUCCAUAGGCCGGCCCUCCUUGCUCAGAGCAGCUUCGGGCUGACCAACGUAUUUUGUCUUCCGGUCUACUACCCUAGUCAUCUCUGCUGGCGUCGACAUUGCCGCUGGUCUACACCUUACAGGCUUGCUCGAUGCCGAGGCUCGCCUUCAGCUCGGUGUCGGUGGCGUCGCCCCGUCCGAGUCGACCUGCUCUCGUAAGUCCUCCCGCCUCUCUUUUCAAGCCACCCCCGGCUGAACGCUCUCCUCUACAGCCUUCUUCCGUGCCGUUGCCUGCGGAAUUAAGCCCAAGGACGACUCCCAACGCAUGGUCAAGCGUUCUCUCACCGGUGACGUCGUCGGCUCCGCGGCCGAGCUCGUGGUCGACGCCGCCCUCAAGCUCCAAGCCGUCGCCGACCUUGUCGUCCCCGGCAUCGGCGAAGUCGCCGCUUCGGUCUGCUUGGUCGCUGAGGCUAGCGUCGAUGCCAAGGUCCUUGCUUUGAGUUCGGUCAAGGGUAGUCUUGACAUUGACCUGACCGCCUUCGCCGACGUCGCGGUGAGUUUACUUAUCCGCCUCACUCGAUAGCCCUCUGCCGUUCGUUCGGAGCCCCUAACUCUUUCGCGUGUUCCACCCUCUGUGUCCCAUACCUCUAGGCCUUGACCUUCGUCUUGAUCGCCAUCGAUGUCGAAGCCGCCAUCGCACACGGUAUCCCCAUACCCGGCAUCUUCUGA